CACUUGUUAAACUGUGUCGUACACUUGUUAAGCAGCUGAACAACUGAAGGAAAGCUGAGGGCGCUUCUGUCAGGACGUCAAGGGACACCUGUAGUGAUAAAGUGGUGAGACUAAGGUGGAACAUCAUGAGUGUGUCUCGGCUGUUGUUGCUGCUCGGGGUGCUUCUCUGCGUUGGGGCUCAGCUGUCCAGCGCCCAGCACUGGUCUCAUGGCUGGUACCCCGGAGGCAAGAGGGAGCUGGACUCCUUCACCACGUCAGAGACCUCAGAGGAGAUUAAGCUGUGUGAGGCCGGAGAAUGCACCUACUUGAGACCCCAGAGGAGAAGCAUACUGAGAAACAUUAUUUUGGAUGCCUUAGCCAGAGAGCUCCAGAAGAGGAAGUGACAGAUGUCCACUCUACACUGCUUUUCUACCUGUAGUGACCUUCUCCUUCUUCGGCGUCUUUGUCGUGAUGUGUAAAAAUGUUUUAUGUUGAUCGUCUGAUCUCAUAUUUAGGUUAUUUUCCAGCAUUACAUGGAUAACACCUGUGACGAACAAAUGUUGAAAUUGUAAUGUCCUAAAAUAAAGUAUUUAUUUUGAUAUGACCUUUUAUUAAUGUCCCAAACUGUCUCUGGUCUGUGUUGUGAAUAGAAUGUUGUUGUUGUUGUUAUUGAAGAAAAAGCAACAAUACUAA